AUGCCCCCGUACGCGAUCACCGCGCCUUAUCCCUCGUUUUCGCUCGUUAUAUCCGAGGCAUAUCUCCACUUCCGCGAACCUGAACCGCGUCCCGACCUUCCACUGCCCUCGCGCUUCCAUCCGUACGCGCGUCCGGCCCCGCGCGAGCCGUAUUUGGACGAAUGUAUGGUCACCGUCGACUACCGCUACACGCCACCGCCCGUCCCUACGGUGUCCUUCAGCCCUAACCGCGAAGAUAUUAUGGCAGUUGAUGAGCGCGACGACGCGAGCGUCGAGUCGUAUUUCUUCGCCCUGGACAAUCUCCAAGAUGCUGUCCAAGGCAAUACUGAGGUGCAGUUGGACGAGCUUCGUCGCCUUGGGCGUCGUCCGAGCCUCUCGACGCUUGUGAUUGACCUCGCCCUCCUCGUCAAGGAGAAACUGAAGAAGCUCAAGCCCGUCGGCUCCGGCGCGUCCCGCGCCUCUCAAAAGACCCAGAAGUGA